AUGCUGACCGUUUUCACAGACAAGGGCCUCCUGCAGUUCGCGCUGAACCUGGAGCACCUCGAGACCGCCUUCUUCCACGGUGGCCUCGCCAAGUACAGCACCAACGACUUCGUCACGGCUGGUUACCCCGAGUGGGUCCGCGGCCGCUUCCUCCAGAUCGCCGACAACGAGGCCGCGCACGUCUCGUACCUCGCAGAUGAGCUCGGCGACGACGCACCCAAGGCGUGCACGUACGACUUCGGAUACACCGACGUGAAGUCGUUCGUCAAGCUCGCCCAGAAGAUCGAGAGCGUCGGCGCGAGCAGCUACCUCGGCCUUGCCCGCCACAUCAACGACACCACUAUCCUGAACGCUGGCGCGGCUAUCGCCGCCGCUGAGUCCCGCCAGGCUGGCUGGAUCACGUCUUCUGUGCUGAAGAACCAGCCGUGGGACGGUCCUUUCGAGACCCCCCUUCCUCCCAGCGCCGCCUGGUCGCUCAUCCGCGGCUACAUCACGGACUGCCCGGACUCGAACCCGGACCUGCCCCUGCUCGACCUCCCCGGCCUCAAGGUGUCCGACUCGACGCCGAAGGCGGGCCAGACGAUCACGCUCACCGUCACGCUCAAGAGCGCGAAGACGCCGCUGUACGCGGUCUGGAUCGACGGCCUCACGUACAAGUACACGGUGAUCACGAACGGGAAGACGGUCGUGCCCACCGGCCUGAGCGGCACCGCGUACGUCGGCGUUGUGUCGAGCCAGGACCACCCCGACCGCGACAACUUCGUUACCGGGUUCGCCGUCGUCGACUUCCCCUUCGGCUCGACCGCGCGCCACGUCGGCGCCUGAGCGCUGACUAGCGUUGGCUGUUAGGCCGGCUGGUAGAGGUGUGCGUGUGCGAUACCUGUGUUUGACGGUUGCCAACGGACUUUCAUUUUCUGUAUGCGAUAGACGAUGCGUGCUGUUUUGUGUUCUUGGGCGCAUGUAUGCUAGUGUAUUGAUUCUUUGAUCAUCGACAUGC